UUCACCCGUCCACCGGCACCCCUAAUCGCCAUUACCGCAGCCAUCGAAACCCUUCACUCAACCAAACCCUAGCUGCAAUGGCGGCUUCUUCCAUCUUCAAAUCCUCCUUCCUAUCCGCCCAAUCCCUCCCACAAACCGCCGCCGCCGCCUCACCGACUCGCCACCCUACCUCAAUCUCCAUCCGCGCCACCACAACCUCCUCGGAUUCGCCCGCCCCGACCCCGCAAAUCAAGCACCGCCGCCCCGCCGAUGAGAACAUCCGCGAAGAGGCGCGCCGUCAUGCCUCGUCCCACAAUUUCUCCGCCCGCUACGUCCCCUUCAACGCCGAGCCGUCCUCCACCGAAUCCUACUCCCUCGACGAGAUCGUGUACCGCAGCCGCUCCGGCGGCCUCCUCGACGUCGAGCACGACAUGGACGCGCUGAAGAAAUUCGACGGCGAUUACUGGCGCGCUCUGUUCGAUUCCCGCGUCGGCAAGACGACGUGGCCGUACGGCUCCGGCGUCUGGUCGAAGAAGGAGUGGGUCCUGCCGGAGAUCGACAGCGACGACAUCGUCAGCGCCUUCGAGGGAAAUUCCAACCUCUUCUGGGCGGAGCGCUUCGGCAAGCAGUUCCUCGGCAUGAACGACCUCUGGGUGAAGCACUGCGGGAUUAGCCACACAGGCAGUUUCAAGGAUUUAGGAAUGACCGUUUUGGUCAGCCAGGUCAAUCGCCUCCGCAAAAUGAAUCGCCCCGUCGUCGGCGUCGGCUGCGCCUCCACCGGAGAUACCUCCGCCGCCCUCUCCGCUUACUGCGCAGCUGCUGGAAUCCCAUCCAUUGUCUUCCUCCCCGCCAAUCGCAUCUCCAUAGCUCAAUUGGUUCAGCCAAUUGCCAACAGUGCUUUCGUUUUAAGCAUUGAUACUGAUUUUGACGGCUGUAUGCAGCUGAUUCGAGAGGUUACUGCAGAGCUGCCGAUAUAUCUGGCGAAUUCGCUGAACAGCCUGAGAUUGGAGGGCCAAAAGACGGCUGCAAUAGAGAUACUUCAGCAGUUCGAUUGGGAGGUGCCGGAUUGGGUGAUUGUACCCGGCGGCAAUCUAGGGAACAUAUAUGCCUUCUACAAAGGGUUCCGAAUGUGUAAAGAAUUGGGGCUUGUCGACAGGAUUCCAAGGCUCGUCUGCGCUCAGGCUGCGAAUGCGAAUCCUCUGUAUCUGCAUUACAAGUCAGGAUGGAAGGAUUUCAAGCCAGUGAAGGCCGGGACGACAUUUGCGUCUGCAAUACAGAUUGGGGAUCCUGUUUCCAUCGACAGGGCAGUGUAUGCGCUCAAGAAUUCGAAUGGGAUCGUUGAGGAGGCGACAGAGCAGGAAUUGAUGGAUGCCAUGGCUCAGGCUGAUUCAACAGGGAUGUUCAUCUGCCCGCAUACGGGUGUGGCGUUGUCGGCAUUGUUUAAGUUGAGGAGUAACGGGACUAUUAGGGCAACGGACCGCACUGUUGUUGUGAGUACUGCUCACGGGCUCAAGUUUACGCAGUCAAAGAUUGAUUAUCACUCCCAGAAUAUUAAGGAUAUGAAUUGUCGGUAUGCAAACCCUCCGGUGCAAGUCAAGGCUGAUUUCGGCUCGGUUAUGGAUGUUCUCAAGAAAUAUUUGCUGAGCAAGGAUUCCAAAAUGCUUUGAGAGGGUAAUAAGCUUUAGUUUUUUGGCUAUGAAUUUUCACGACUUUAUAAAACAAUGCUGGUUAGCUUUUUCCGGGACUCUAUUGUUGUGUUUUGAGUUUAAUAUUCAUGGGUGUAGUGAGAAUGGUGUAUGCUUAUGUACACUUUGUCUGCAAUUAGACACAAUUUGGUUUCAAUAAAAUUUAUGCAGGGCUUAUCACUAAA